ACGUUAGCUUAAACGCAAGCGAUAUUAGCCUUAUGGGUGAAAGAGCCUGUCCGCCAUUGUACAUAGAGACAUGUCAAAAAUGGCAAUUUUUUUUUAUUGCAUUUAUGGCUUUAGAUUGUCCAUACACAUAUACUUAUACAUAUAAGAUCUUUUUUAAAUAUUAUGUAUUUUACUUAAAAUACAAGUCAUAUAAGAGAAUAAGCAUCAUAUUUACAACGUUUAAGUGUCGUAGAUGCGGAUAUCUAUAGUUAUCGUUUUGUACGGUGUUUAAAAAUGCGUGUCACUCGGUGCGAGUGCGAGACACCAGUAUGUUCUGGAAAAGAUAUUUCAUUGGAUCUUGAGGAUCGGCCUUUGGACGUUUGUAACGACGAAAGACACAUUACCGAAGUACCUAGCGAUGAAGAACAAAAUCAUACAUCAGCUGAUAUAAUAUUAUCUCAAACUGAUUUAAAUUAUAUAAUUGAUACGGUAGGGGAAAUUUCGAAUGAUGAAAUUCAAGAUUACUAUCUUAACAAUUCUAUCUGUGAAAAUGAAACACCACAACCAACACUUCAAAAUGAUAUCAAUGAAGGAACUGCCCAUGAUGUUAUUUCAACAGCUUCAGAAUCUUUGGUUUCAACACCAAUGCCAAGUCCAUGCAUGUCGUUUGGAGACAAUAAUAACGAAUGUAACUACUUAAGCGAAAGUACGGUUAUCCUAUCUGAUGCAACCUUAAGAUUAAGCCCCCUAGGAUCCAGCGCAAUGUCCGGUUCAUCAACGCCGCGUCAACGUAAAAGAAAGCGUCAGUAUGUGAAAAAAGCAAUUACAAAGAACAAAAUUACUAAUAAAUCUAACUAG